AAUUUAUUUAUUUAUUCUGUUUAAUUAUUAUAUCAUAUAUUAUUAUUAAAAAUAGUAAAGAGGUUUCGAGUUUGGGAUUGUGUCCUAGUUCCUUUUCAGUUCUCUUCUCAGUUAUCUUCUUCUUCUUCUUCCUUUUCUCUUACUGAAUCUCUCCAAGUAAGCUAUUUUCUCUCAAAUGGGUUCCAGCAGCAGUCGAUUGGGAUCCGGUUCAUCUCGUCCCCGACUCAGUGGUUCAUCGAAUCGCUCCAGACUCUCUUCCUUAAUUUGCGGUGGCUCGUCUUCUCGCGCUACGUAUGAGAUGGAAGAUCAUUCAGCUGAUUGUGUAGUUAAAUCUUCAGGACAUAGUUCACAAAUCCAUGGAGUUCAUAACUCCAGGGUUGAAUCUUCGUUUUCUGCUAGAACAGGAACAGGGUUAACUAGUACAAGUACUGAAACUGCUUUAGUCAUGGCUGAUCGCUCUUCUGAAGAUGGCUUGAGAAGAUUUGGAACUAAUCGCCAUGGUUCUACAUACUUGUCUGAUUGUAAGGAGCUAAUUUCACCUCGUCAGGUGAGUGCUGAUUGUAGUCAUGAUGAUUCUUCUAGGGAUAGUGCUACUACUACUACUACUACUACAUCUAGUACUUUGUUUAAAGAACAACAAUCUUCAGACACACUCUCUGUGAAUGUUUCGGCUAACUCAAAUGCAGUCAAUGGAAUUGAUAGUUCAGUCUCAGUUCAUAAUGGUGUAUCUCGGACCAAUUCUGAUGUUAUGCGUGGUGCAAGCAGUUCAUCUUCUCAGGGUGGUGGCAGUGCACGUUUUGAUGUUUUGCCUUUUGAGAAUCAUGAGGAUGAAGUUAGUCCUAGUUCUGUUCGACUUUCCUCUCCGCCAGCAACUUUUCACUCAUUUGGAAAUGAACCCCUUGGAGAAGUACCUUCGGAUUUAGGAUUCCUUGUCUCAAACAGGGAAAGGGCCCGAACCGAUAGCGGUGUACUUCAAGUGGAUGUAGUGAGUAUUUCUUCCAAUAUGCUGUCUAAUAGUAGUCCUAACACAAGUAACCGUGAGGCCAGAAGGAAUAGUAGAAGACUAUUUUGGGAUGCAUUUUCCAGACGCAGUUCUAGAAGGCAUAUUGAUUCUCCAACCAUUCUAUUUUCCAUGGAUGAUAGUGAGGACCUAGGAUCUCAUGACAGGUGGUUACUGGGUUUCAGUGGUGACUUUUUUGAUGAUGGGAAUGGAGCUGAUUCUGGAUACCUGGGUAGUAGGAUUCCAUAUUCAAGUGAACGUCACCGGUACUCAAGAUCCGAGGCAUUGGAAAGACUACGUGGUGGUAUUGACGAAAAUGGUCGGCGGAAUGCUUUUUGCCCAUCAGGACUCCAUCCUGAUGGUACUUGCUCAUGUGAGUCUUUAUUGUUGAAUGAAGAGUCUACUACUCGUGCAAGUAUAUCUAGAAUUGUCAUGCUGGCUGAGGCUUUAUUUGAGGUUUUGGAUGAAAUUCACCGGCAGCCCGUCUCACUUUCCCUAUCUAUGGUCUCAAGUCCUGCCCCAGAAUCAGUUGUUGAUUCAUUUCCUCUUAGAAUCCACUCAAAGAACAACAAGGCCAAGGGUGGAGAUGAUGUUUCCGAGUGCUAUAUUUGCCUUGCUGAGUACGAAGAAGGGGACCAAGUUCGAGUCCUUCCAUGCCACCAUGAAUACCACAUGUCAUGUGUGGAUAAGUGGCUAAAAGAGAUUCAUGGAGUAUGUCCACUCUGUCGGGGUGAUGUUCGUGAAGGUCUCACAGAGUGUUCUGUCUCUAACUCGGAGAUACCUUCUGUCUAACAUAAAACUGUAUAUAUUAAAGUAAAGAUUUCAUCUUUGUAAAUAAAAAUGAUAAGUUUUUUUUUUUCUCAUAAAAAAUGUUGUAAUGUUUUUUUUUUUUUUCAUGAAAUAUUCUUUCUGUGUCUGAAAUCGAUGCCAUGUAAUGUUUUUUAUUUAGCAUCUUUUCACCAUGAUGCGGUUUUGCUCUACUUUUUGUAUUAAACUUUAGAAAUAAUGGCAUUUUGCUGGAUCCACACGUUAUUCUUCUA